AUGGCCGGUUUUAGCCUAAGUCUCAUCCCUGCAGACUCUCCAAGAUCUCCUUUGUAUUUUGGAAACCUUACCAAACAUGAAAGAAUGCAAAGGCUCAUCAACAUCACCCAAGCUCGGCUUCGUUAUAUUCGACACAAAACUUCAUCAUCAUCAUCAUCAAGAAAUGCCACAUCUACGAAACCCGACACCAUUCGUUGUCCUAUGAUCCGCGACAUUUUCUACUUCGCAGCGCAUGUAAACAUAGGCAGUAACAACUGGGGACUAAACCUUCUCUUGGACACCGGCGGCGGCCUAAUUUGGACUCAGUGCGAGCCGUGCACGCCCCCCAACUGUUUCACCAUCAGCUAUGGCAAUUUCGAUCCGAGAAAUUCCACUACAUAUUCCAAGCUUCCUUGUAGCCAUGCUUUUUGUCGAGGAGGUUUAUAUGACUGUGUCAACAACGAAUGCGUCUACAACAUAGACUAUGGCAGUGGCAUAGGCGGUGGCGAAGGCGGUUUCGAAACGAUCAGGGGUUCGACGAAAGGUGUCGCCUCAUUGGAAAGAUUCACCUUCGAUUCCACCGAAGGCGGUCCCAUAUACUUCGAUGGCAUUGUCUUCGGCUGCUCGAACGACAGCGAAAACGUCGAGUGGGGAGAUAGUCAUGAUAUCGCCGGUAUCCUGGGGUUAAGCUUCUCUCCUGACUCAUUGCUGAGUCAAUUGGACGAUAGAAUAGGGAGAAAAUUCUCUUACUGCAUACCAUCCAUGGAUGAAGAAAUCCAAAACGACGUCAUUUUGAAUUUCGGGAAUGACAUCCCUACAACAACUAGAAGACUACAGAGCACGCAGUUUAUAACACCACAAGGAAGCCAUUACUUCUAUCUGAAUCUGCUCGAUAUAAGUGUGGGAUCAAAACGGUUGGGGUUUCGACCGGGGCUUUUCAACCCUAAUGAUGAACAAGGUGAGGGUUUCUUUAUAGAUUCAGGAGCUCCUGUAACGGUUCUCGAUGACGAUGCUUAUGGUGUCGAUGUUUAUAAGGAGGUAAUUGAUGCUUUCGAGCAGCAUUAUAACUAUCAUGGGCUUGUGAAAUCGAGUAUAGCACCGUUAGGGUUCGAGUUGUGCUAUGAACAUACACAUGAUAUUCAAGACCUGUUGUUGACGAUGACAUUCCAUUUUUAUCCACGUGCUGAAUAUGUGGUACACUCGCUGGAUGGGCACUACUUCGAUGACUUAAAUGGGGUGUUCUGUGUGGCAAUUCUAAGAGGUGGUAGAUCAAUGUUAGGAGCUUAUCAUCAGCAGAAUAAGAGGAUUAUUUAUAAUGGAGCUUUUCUGCAAUUUGCUACUGAGGAUUGCCCUAACUGA